AUGGCCAACUACACCAGCGAACUUCCCCUCGCAUCUGCGCCCACGCUGACACUUGUUCACCCGACUCCCAAUGAGAAACUGGAGGUGUGGACUGAGAAUUGGAAAAAUUGGGGUACUGCCCUCUCCCUCAAAGACUACAUUGAACGAGAAACGCACCUCGCUGAUAUCCCACCCACAAGAGAUGGCGGGGUAACUCAUUGGAUCCUGACAGACCCCUCCCUCCCCCCAGACGCCCGCCCCAUCCUCUCAUUCUGCGAAUCUCUUCGACGCCGCACAUUCGUCAGCCUUCCCUCCGUAGAAGUGCAAGAAGGAAUAGUCCACGGCAUCGGCAGUGUCUUCUCCUCCCCCGCCUACAGAGGCCGCGGCUACGCAACGCGUAUGCUCUCAGAUCUUGGACCCAUCCUGAACACAUGGCAGCAAGAAGCAGGCAAGUCGCACUUCUCAAUUUUGUACUCGGAUAUUGGCAAGAAAUACUACGCGAACCUGGGCUGGAAGCCUUUUGCUAGUUCACAUGUCUCUCUCCCUUCUGCUGCAUCGCCGGCCACGAAUGGUGCGAAUGUAAAUAAGGCAGAGGGUGUCAAGCUACUCUACGGGGAGGACCUAAAGGAACUAUGUGAACUAGAUGAAAGCUAUCUUCGUAACGAAGUUGCAAAGGCUGCAAAAUCCACACACAAGCCAGCUCAAACUGUUCCCCCAAAAGACCCCCCUACAAUCCACGGCGCCAUCUCAACUGGGGCUCCAGGCUCGAGGGUCUGGAUUGUUUUCUCGCGAGUUUUCUACGGGCCUUUGGCGAAUGCUAAGUCUGGAAACACGCUCUAUAUUCUACGGCUCGUUGUCGAGGACGAGAGAGAUACGGAUGAGAAUGCACAGAAACUGAAGAGUGUGCUACAAGUAGCGCAAGCAGAAGCCAAAGAGUGGGAAGUGAGCAGCGUGACGGCCUGGAACGUUAGUGAUGUUGUGAAGGGACUGUUGAAGAGGACAGGGCUGGAACAUACGUUUGUGGACAGGGAGAAUGACAGUAUUACUAGUUUGAUGUGGUAUGGAGAAGGGAGGGGGGAUGUGGAUAGUAUUGGGUGGCUUGGAAAUGAGAAGUUUGCUUGGUGUUAG